GAUGAAAUCGCUCCUCCUCUUUCUCUCCGGCUUUGUACCCAGAGCUGAACCCACGCCGCGGCUAGCUUCUCCAAGAUACCGGGGCUGUUAAACAACGGAAAAUGGCCCUCCACGUCCCCAAAGCUCCGGGCUUUGCCCAAAUGCUGAAAGAUGGCGCAAAGGUGAGCUUAAAUUACUUCUCGGGGAGAGUUUUAGUAGUUUAGAGUCUGUUCCUGUAGACGGGUAUGCUAGCUCCUGUUAGCCGCUCAGAUAGCACGCUCAUUCACAGUCAUGUGGGAGAGUUCUAGAAGGAAGACAGGCCGCGCGAAGACGAUGGAGCCACAGGAGCCGCAGUGGGUCAAAAACAGCUCGUUUUUGUGUAAUUUUACCGUAGUUAAACAUGCUGUGCAUGUCUGCAGUGUUGUAUCUGCAGUAAUAACUCGGGCUUGUCAGCAGUCACACCCAGUAAGCCUUUAACUGAGUGUCAGGGCUGAGGCUCUGACUGUCAACCCUCUUUAGUCUUAGCUGUUGAUGCUUCCUGUAUGAUGUAUCUCUAAGGUGGUGACAAGCUUCCUAGAAAUCAUUGGAUGUCAUUAAUUCAUAUUAUAUUUGGCUGAAAUUCAAAAUUUUUAUACAUACUUCAGGGAUAUUCUGGCGUGAAAUUAAGCCAGGGUCAAACACACCAUAACACUGAGUUAGACAGCCCCUUUAGAGAUGAAUGUUGCUGACCACUUGCUUCUCUAGUUUUACCAACUUUAGUAACGACCGCAGGAUAGCAAUACACAGCGGUCUCAGGAGCCAUAAACAAACCUCAACCAAAACGCCACUCUACAGCCACAAAUAAUGCUCAGAACAGCACCUAACUUCAUCAACAGUACAUAUAGGGUCAUAGCCAUAGCACUACCUUCCAAGCAUUAUUUGUGGCGUUUUGGUUGAGGUUUGUUUAUGGCUCUUCAGACUGCUGUGUCUUGCUAUCGUGCGGUCAUUACUAAAGUUGGUAUAACUAGAGAAGCAAGCGGUCUGCAACAUUCAUCUCUCGAGGGGGUGUCUAACUCAGUGUUACAGUGUGUUUGACACUAAAUUAAUUUUACUCCGGAAUAUCCCUUUAAAUACUGUGUCUGUUUGAAUAGCCUCCACAGUUUAUGUAUUAUUUUCUUUAUUUCAGCACUAUUCAGGCCUUGAAGAGGCAGUCUUUCGUAACAUCAGAGCAUGUAGAGAGCUUUCUCAGACAACACGUACUGCCUAUGGACCAAACGGUAAGCACAUCACUUCCACAAUAAUUUUACUGUGUGUUACUGUAUUAUUAAUUAAAAUUUCAUAAGAAAGCCAUGUUUUAUAAGUAACACCAUUGCUUUGUAGGUAUGAACAAAAUGGUCAUCAACCACUUGGAGAAGCUGUUCGUCACCAAUGAUGCCGCAACUAUCCUGAGAGAGCUGGAGGUGAGGAGACUUCACAUUCCCCGGAAACAUAAAGCAUACAGCUAUGACUUUGAUAAGAAAAAUUACGCAUUUUUUUUUUUCUUAUUUUACCUGAACAGGUGCAGCAUCCAGCAGCCAAAAUGAUUGUUAUGGCGUCACACAUGCAAGAGCAGGAGGUUGGAGAUGGUACAAAUUUUGUCCUGGUGUUUGCUGGAGCUCUGCUGGAGCUGGCUGAAGAGCUGUUGAGGAUGGGCCUGUCUGUGUCAGAGGUAAACAAAUGUUGCCACAUCCUGUCAUUUUUAUAGAUUUUUGUUUGUCCUUAUGAUAUGGCAAACACCAUUCACUAAGCGUUUGUACAAGACAAAGCACAGAUGAGUGAAAACAAGUUGAUGCAGUAAUGCUUGAAGAGCUGCAUUUAAAGCCUUAAUCCUACAAUAAACACAUAUGAACUGAUCAAGAUAUAUGUUUUGUAUCAGUUCUAGCAUCUGCUCAGUGACACUUUUUUUGUUUUGGCCACAGGUGAUUGAAGGCUAUGAAAAAGCAUGUCAAAAGACUCUGGAGAUCCUCCCAGACUGCGUGUGCUCCACAGCCGAGAACCUCCAUGAUGUUAAAGAAGCAACAGCUUUCAUCCGUACAGCAGUCAUGAGUAAACAGUAUGGAAAUGAAGACUUCCUUGCACAACUUAUCGCAGAUGCCUGUGGUGAGUCAGCAAUCCAGAUUAUGGAAACCAAACCAGAGCUGUGAUUGGAAGUUAUUGGUGGUGAUUUUCUUUUUUGGUGUUUGUCUGACUGUCUUCUCUUCACUGUUUAUUUGUUGUAGUGUCCAUCUUCCCAGAGUCUGGCAGUUUCAAUGUCGACAAUGUCAGAGUGUGCAAGAUUCUGGUGAGCAGCAAAAUCCAUUGUGUGUUAUGUCAGGAUGUGAUGUUUGAGCCUUGAGUUGAUACCUUUCUUUUAUUUUUCAGGGUUGUGGGGUCACAGCGUCCUCCAUGCUUCAUGGCAUGGUGUUUAAAAAGGAAGCUGAGGGGGAUGUCACAUCAGUUAAAGAUGCCAAGAUUGCUGUCUUCUCCUGCCCCUUUGAUAGCAUGGUGACAGAAACCAAGGUACUAAUACUGCAGCCUUUCUUAAUGGAUCAGAUUAAUGCAAACCUCCUCGCUCCUUUGUAUCACAUAGUAAACAUUUCCUUUUUGGCUUUAAGGCAUUUUUUCUUUUGCAGGUGUUUUAAUCUUUGUUCUAACAGUAGUCUUACCUGAUUCGCAGGGUACAGUGCUGAUCAAUAAUGCACAGGAGCUCAUGAACUUCAGUAAAGGAGAGGAGGACAUGAUGGAGGCUCAGGUGAAGGCUAUCAAAGAGGCCGGUGCCAACGUGGUGGUCACUGGAGGAAAAGUUGCCGACAUGGCGCUGCACUAUGCCAACAAGUACCAGCUCAUGGUGGUCAGGUAAAUCGGAAACUAGCUAUAACAAUUCAAAGGAAGGUUGAUUUAUGUGGCAAUUACAGCCAGGGUGCCUGGAAUAAACCUGUCGAUAAAAUGUAGUUUAUAAUAACACUUGGUACAAACUUCAGUUAGUCGAACCCCACACUGUGUGACUUCAAGCCAGGAUAGACGUUGUGCAGACUUCCCACCGUGAAAAGAAGUGAUUGUGCAUUUGAAAUAGUACCUAUCAAAGGGAAUUAGUUUGUAUAUUAUCUGUCUAUAUAAAGAAUGAUUAAUCUAAGAAUUACAUAUAUUUUAAAGAACCUUGUGGGGGUAAGUAAUGCUGCAGAAACAUCUCAUUUUCUUAAAUAAGAAAUGGAAAUAUUUUAUAUCUAUCAUAUUCUAUUGAUAUCAAAUUGUAUACAGUUAGUUUUUCUGUCAUAAGCCUUUUUUGGGGUGUUAUCUAUUAUUAUUGUCAGAAGUAGGUUGCAUUUUUAGUCACUAUAAUGGACAAGUUUAUGUUUCCCCAUCAUAAAACUGUGUAUGUAGAGGUGCUCUGGUUAUAUCAGGAAGGCUUUCUUUUUGUGGACCUUUUGUCAAAUCCUGCUUUUUUCCCAAUCAGACUCAACUCUAAGUGGGACCUCAGGAGGUUAUGUAAGACUGUGGGAGCCAUAGCUCUGCCAAGGAUGGUAAGAGUUGACUUGUUCUCUUCAGAUCUGGUGUCCAUUGUAAAGCUUAUUUAUGUAGCAAUUUAUGUAUGUAUGAACAUGUUCUUCUGCUUCAUAGACUGCUCCAACCCCAGAGGAGAUGGGUCACUGUGACAAUGUGUACCUGACAGAGGUCGGGGACACUCAGGUGGUGGUCUUCAAACACGGUAAGUCAAUCUUUUCCCCUGUGGAUCUUGGUUUUCUUUUUUUAACCUGAUCUUUGUGUUAGUGGCUUGACAUGCGGCUGUUUUUUUCUUUGAAUAGAAAAAGAGGAUGGGGCCAUCUCGACGGUGGUGAUCAGAGGCUCCACAGACAACCUAAUGGACGACAUUGAGAGGGCUGUAGAUGAUGGAGUUAACACCUUCAAGGUUCUGGUCAGGGUAAGUCAACACAAUAAACUACUCAGAGAUUUUUUACAGCCUUGAUGGAAAGAAAAUGAAAGAAUUUGUGAUGUUAUUUUGUGUCAAUAUGCUGCUUUGAAGAACAUCUCCUUAUCUGCUCAUAUUUUUUUAAAAUAGUUAUUUUAUUUAGUUGCUUCUUUAAAACGCUGUGUCAUGCUGAGAGGGUUGCUGAUAAUGUCUAUUCUAUGAAUGAAAAGCCCUGGAGUUUAAGAUGAAUGCUUUAGCUCACUUCAUAUUGAUUGCCCUCCACCUGCACCACAGUUACAUCAUCUAUGUCAUUUAUCUUCGGCAGGACAAACGCCUGGUACCAGGAGCAGGGGCUACUGAAAUCGAGCUUGCCAAGCAGAUCACCUCAUAUGGAGAAGUAAGACGAUUUGACUACGUUACCUGAAGAGCACCAGGCUUGGUCUUGGUGUUUUUCUCUUGCUUUUGCCCUUUUUUGAUUUUACUAUAUGACGGGUAAUAAAAUCCAUGAAUGUGGCCUCUUUUGUUCCCUCUCCUCUCUGUAGUCCUGCCCUGGUUUGGAGCAGUACGCCAUCAAAAAGUUCGCCGAAGCUUUUGAGGCUCUGCCACGUGCGCUGGCUGAGAACUCUGGAGUGAAGGGUAGCGAACUCAUCUCCAAACUUUACUCUGCACAUCACGAGGGAAACAAAAACAUGGGCUUUGAUAUUGAGGUAUGAACUCGAAGAGACCUGAAUGAAUAAUUAUGAUGAAGAGAUUUUAUUGUAUUGUGUCAAAAUUCAACACUCUUAAAGGACACAUUCAGUGUAUUCAAGCAUCAGCAUGUUGUGAUCUAGCUCGAGUUACACCCCUGACUCCCACUAUGCUUUUGUCUUUAGGCUGAUGGCCUUGCAGUGAAGGACAUGCUGGAAGCCGGGAUAAUGGAGCCUUACCUUGUGAAACACUGGGGCAUCAAGCUGGCAACCAAUGCUGCCAUCACAGUGCUGAGGGUGGACCAGGUGUGUACACAAACCACAAAGACAAUCAAAAGCAUCCACUCAGUUAAUAUUCUACUGAGUAUUUAAAAAGCAAGUCCCAAAUUCAUCUUUAAAUCUUUAAAAAGGUCAAGUUGUUUCCUGAAAACUGUUAGGUUCUGCAGUAUUGACCAAACAUGGCACAAAAAGAAGUUAAUAUUUCAUGUUAUGGAGAUUUGUUCAGCUGCAGCUUCACACACAUCUUUAAGUAAAUGAUGAAGUCAAAAGUACUGGUGAAUGAAAAUACCCUAAUUUUUUGGAUUUCAUCAUAACAGAUCAGACUUAACAUUUUUUCUGUCCUAUCAGGCAAGAGGUUUCACAGGAGGUCAGUCUGAGUUAAUAAUGUUUUAGAAAAAGUCCAAGUUGACCCUCAGUCGAUCAGAUGAAGUGUUUCCCGGGGAGCCUUCAUUAAAUAAAAGUCUCCAGGAUGUAACAUUAGUAUGUGUAUAUGCAUGUGUGCGACGCAGAUCAUCAUGGCCAAGGCUGCAGGGGGACCCAGAGCUCCCAAGCAGAGAGGCCACUGGGACAAGGACGAUUGGGAGGAAGAGCCUGAUAAAUUUGAUACCCAUCAUUAGAGGUCAAGCACACACCCUCAACCAGUAGGUCCAGGAAUGAAGUGUGUGGCCUAAACUCACCUUGAUAUGAACUGAGACACUCACGGGAGACUGGAAUUGUUGUGACAUAUUUAUUCCUGCCUGUCACUACUAACACCGGGUGUGAUACAAAACUCACUACAGCGACAUUUUGCCCAGCAGAGGCAGGUGUGUUUUAAAUACUGCCAAGUUUGUCACUGACGGCUGACUACCUCACUUAAAACUUGCACAGAACACAUGAGGUUUGGUUUGAUGGCAUGCUGCAUGCAUUAAUGAACUCUUUCCAUUUCAGUGGGCAUCCAAAGGCAAGUGCAGAAUUUGAAGUACAUUGCAUGUAAUGGAUUCAUUUUCUGAAGGAACAUGAAUGUGUGAUGAAGUUCAAGUCGCAAAAGGAUACAUUUUGGCUUAAGGGGCCAAAAGAUUUCUCAAAUUCUUUAACAACCUCUUCUUCAUUAUAGACUAUUAGUCUGGGAUUUUAUGAUACACAUUAGGAAGAUUGAGAAUCACUUCAGUUUUAGUGGACUUUUUCUUAUGUAGCUAUGCAGCAGUGUUGUUUUCGUUGACGAAAAUAUUUCGUCAACGCCCCUUUUAUUCCACGACGAAGACGUGACGUUGACGAGCUAAACAUAAGUCUUGGAUGACUAAAAUGUGAUGAAUGUGCGUUUACGUUGACGAGACGAAAAUGUUAGUGGUGGAAGACAAACAGUGUUGCAAAAUUCAUUCAUCAGUCCAACGCUAAACAUAUGUUCUGCAGUGUUGUUUCCAUUGACGAUGACAAAAAUAUUUUGUCAAUGUCAACAAAAACAACACUGCCAUGUAGGAACUCUUGAUUUCUUUAUUGAGGGCAUAACACUGCUUUGAUGCCAUUUUACAUCAUACAGGUUUUUUAAGAUUUGAAGUUAUAGUAAAUGUGACAAACAGUCUUGAGCACCAUAAUUUGAGAGGUUUAAAUAAGUUAAGAUAUAAGCCAAAAAGACUGAUGUCUUAAUGUCACAUUUUCAUAAUUGUCCUUAAAUCCAAACAUUUUCCCUUCCUUGAUAUCAAUCAACUACAGGAAUAUUUUUGCGUCAAGGCAGAUAAUAAUCCCGCCUGAGAAUCUACUGCUGCAUGGACUCUGGUGUUCAUUACUUCUAGGCAGAUAAAUCUCACUGACUUUCAUCUUUUUUUUUUUCAUUUAGAUCAUCAUGGCAAAACCAGCAGGGGGACCUAAACCACCACAGGGCAGGAAGGACUUUGAUGAGGAUGACUGAACCUGAUGCAGUCCAGCUGAUGCCCCUGUUAACCCUCAACGCUCCCACACGGAUUCAUCAGACCCUUUUCUACUUGUUUAUUUAAAGCUCAACAGUUUGGUUUAUUUUGUAGGAUUGACUGCACAUUGGUCAACAAAGUGUUAUGUGAAAGUAAAAAAUGUAAGGAUGGCACUGUUUGCUUUUUAUGUUUUUGUCCCAAAUAAAAGGCACUUGCGCUGUCAUGUCAUGGUU